GGCUAACAUCACUAAACUUGCUGUAAACUUUUGCACCUUUUUUUCAUAAUUUGCGAAAAGAAAUCAAUGUAAAUUUCGAUACAAAAGCAUUGUUUUCGUUAAUUUCGGUUGCUUCUACACAUUAAGAAUGUGAAAAUAUAACCAGUUUGCAUCGCUGUGUGACGGCAACGCACACGUAGCCUUAUCUCCAGAUCGGUUCCAUUAUGUCCAAAUGAGUGAUGGUCCAAAAGAGAACCUAAGACGAUUUAUCUUCACCUCCAAAACUAAUUCAAGGGGCGAACCGGUUGAGGAACAAUUGGAAAUCGUAAUUCCUGAGUUGGUUCAAGCAAGUUACUCCUUUUUAACUUGGUGUUGUGCACCAGUUUUGGCUUGGUUUCUCUGGGAAAAACGUCAAGAGCUCGUUAACAAGCACGUCUUGGAAUUAGGCUCUGGUACAGCGUUACCUGGAAUAGUAGCAGCAAAGUGCGGUGCUAAAGUAACUCUAAGCGAAUCGAUCACUUUACCGAAAUCGUUAGCUCACAUUCAACGUAGUUGCCAACUGAACAAUUUAGUGUUAAAUCGUGAUAUUAAACUAAUCGGACUUACUUGGGGAUUAUUUUUGCAUAACUUACAAGAUCACGGUCCCAUUGAUUUAAUUCUUGCGUCUGAUUGUUUUUACGAACCUUCGAAUUUUGAAGAUAUUUUGGUUACCGUUUCUUAUAUUUUGGAUCAUAACCCAGAAUCGAAGUUUUUGUUUACGUAUCAAGAGCGUAGUUCCGAUUUGAGUAUUGAACAUUUGUUGGCAAAGUGGAAUUUAAAGUGCUUCGUGCAUAAUAUAAACAAUUUAGGUUCGAGUGUUGGUUUGGACUUGCACGAGCUUAGCGGUGGUCACAGUAUUCAUUUGUUUGAAAUUACGAGGUGAAUAAUAUGGGUUCUGUAAGUCGCGCCGUUAAAUUAUACGUUGGUAAUAUUCCGUGGACAGUCGGGCACAUAGAAUUGAAAAAUUAUUUUAGCAA